AUGGCCAGCUGCGACGAGUUUGGAAACAGCACAACUGACAUUGACGAUGACGAGGAGAGAUGGAUCUUCAUUGGCGGGAUGGGCACGAGCGGUAUUCAGAUGGCAACCUACGGGCUCCCCUUCGACAUGCUCCUCCUCGCCAUCCAGCGGUGCUUCCCUUUCGAAACCCAAGCCUCGCGCGCCCUCUACACCGAGCUCCGCACAGCCCUCCUCGACGCCGCCGUCCACCGGGUCGCCGUACUUGCCCACAACAACGGCUCUCUACCCGUUGCGCACGUUCUCGCUCGCCUCUGCUCCGAUAUUCAAGCCGAAAAGCUCUCGAAACUCGAGAUCUACACCUUUGGUGCCGCGGCUUCAGAAUUUGUAGCACCUCUCGGAGAAACCAGCCGCAAGGUCACCCGCUUUGAGGAUGGAUCCACCGCGGUGGUUGAAGAACGUGGUCCUCACAUCGAGCACUUCGCCUACGCCAACGACCCAUUCGCUCAGAUGGGCGUGCUCCGGUCUGUUCAAAAGAAGCCUGACGGCCGAUUCUGUGGCGGCGUUUUCGUGAUCCAGAACCAGGUGCCCCAACCCUCUGGCCACUGGGUUCCCGACCAGCGUCCCGUGAUGCUUUUGACAGACUAUCUCUCGGCCCUCUUUCCCGAUCCUUCAUCGCCACAGGCUCCCAGCAGCAUCCUCGACUACGUCAUGAUGAUCGACCGCGACAUUGCCGAGAAGCGCGAGCUCGCUGCCAUGGCAAACUACGCGCAGACGCGCCGAUCCCGUAAGGACAGCCGCCGCCUCAGCUGGACUGGUCUAGGAGCGACUGUCGGCGGCAGAAGCGGCGUCAUGGACGGUGUCACUGGACUCGAGAUGGCGAGACGCGGAUGCCGCGACUGCGACGGCCAUCGUGGACGCGAGGUCAGUUGGCUCUCCAACUACGUGCAAACCGGCUGGGUCGUCGAGAAGGAGGCUCACGUCGUCGAUGCCAUGGGUGUUGGAGGCAAGUUUUAA